CAUUUGUUUCCUGCGUCUUCAACCUGAUACCGAUCCGUAAACCGCAAAUUCAGGUCAAAACAUCCGCCAGGCGGCCAAGUGAUUUCUGGUUGGGGAAUUCAACCUGGUUUGCGCCCCGCCAACAUUUGGAAAGUCGUCAUCGCCUACCAAACGCCCAACGCCGUUCCUCGGCAGUAAUUCCUUUGCUCGACGUCCCACCUUCCAGGCAUCGUGACCUAGUCCACCUAUUGUACAAACACCGCUCGCCGUCCCUAUCAUACGCACCUCUAGCGAAAAGACAACAUGUCUGGAAUUUGGGGUUGGUUUGGCGGGGGCUCAGCCGCGCAGAAACGCAAAGAUAGCCCCAAGAAUGCCAUUCUCGGCUUGCGAACGCAACUGGACAUGCUCCAGAAGCGUGAGCGCCAUCUACAGAACCAGAUCGAUGAACAGGAUGCCAUAGCACGAAAGAACGUCAGCACGAACAAGACGGCUGCGAAGCAAGCCUUGCGACGCAAAAAGGUCGCCGAAAGCACCCUCGAGACCACGCUGGGUCAGAUCACCACCCUCGAGCAGCAAAUAAAUGCGAUUGAGUCUGCCAACAUCAACCGGGAGACCCUGGCCGCCAUGCAGGCAGCACGUGAGGCUAUGGGCAAGAUUCACGGCAAACUCACCCCCGAGAAGGUCGACGAGGAAAUGGCGAAACUCCAAGAAGCGAACGAUCUCAGCAAUGAAAUCGCCACAGCCAUUACCAGCGCCAACAUUGGACAGCCGAUUGACGAGGGGGAGCUCGAGGACGAGCUUGAAAAGCUCCAGCAGGAGGAGGUGGACUCGAAGCUACACGAAACAGGUGGAUCGAUCCCUGUCCAUGACAAGAUCUCUCUUCCGGCAGCCGGAACCGGCGCACUCAAGGGCAAAGAGAAGGCGAAGGCGGUUGUCGAGGAUGACGAGGAGGAGGAGCUCAGAAAGUUGCAGGCCGAGAUGGCUAUGUGAGUCAGGCACGCAGGCCUAGGAGUAUACAGAAGAGGAGGCAUGGAAACGGGGAUAUACAGGAUGCGAUUUAUGCGCGUGGCACCAUGUCGGUACCGCUUUUCACUGUUGUGUCAUUGGCUUUUGUUAUUGGGAAGUAGGAGCUGGUUACGGUUGUUCCGUGUUUGUUUACCUCUUACUUUUUUUUUUCCUUUUCUUUUUUUCCUGUUCUUUCUGAUUCCCUACUCUGUCCCUGCAGAGUUUCGACUCGUAAGACGAGCGGCGCUGGCGUUUUGGGAGGGUUGGCACGGUUUGGCAUAUGAGUGAUAAUUAUGCACAGUAAGGGAGAGGAACAGGACUGGUUGGUUGGACUGGUUCAUGUUGCACGCAUUGUGGAUGAAUUUAAGAUAAUUUACUUAUCCAUAGUUAUCAUUCCUCCCCAAGCUUCUCGGGUAAGGCAUGUACUACGUAUAUGCAGCCUAG